AUGUCUCAUCAUCAGUCUGACACACAGAGUCACACAAGGCCAGAUGUCUUGGAAGGUCGUUUGAGGAGUCAGGAUAGGCCGCUAGCUGUGCUGCUAGAACAAGCUCUCAGAAUCAAAGAGGAGGUGACAGCUGGUCUGCAGUCCAGCCAUGGCUCUGUCCAAAUUGAGGCACUGUCCCGCAAGCUGUUGGAGAAUCACAUACUCACCAUUACACGUAUUGUUAAACAACUCAGCAUGGGCAUACAGGAAUUAGAGAAAGAGAUGGCCCAGCGGGACUCUGUCACCUCUGGAAUGGCACACGCUGUUCAAAACAUGGACCAGAAAAACACAGCUGGCGUCGGAGACCUGAGAGGAAGAGUAGCCAGGUGUGAUUCCAGCAUUGCCAAGCUGAGCGCUGACGUGAGCUUCAGAGAGCAGCAGGUGAUCAGACUGCAGAGGGAGGUUCGAGAGCUCAGCGAAGCUGUGAAUGGACAGCUCAAAGAGCUGAAGGACAAGAUUCAUGUUGAGCUUAGAAGACUGGAGGCCUCACUGACAAAGUCUUCUAAGGACCUAAAACACUCGAUGUCUGAUCUGCGUAGACAAGUUAAGCUACUAGAAGACAAGAUGACAGGAGAACUUGACGAGGGCAAAGAGCAAAGAGCAAAAUUGAGGACCUGGACAGAACAACAGCUCAAGAGCUCUCUCCAGUCACAUGCCAAGGACAACCAGGAGCUGGUUUCACUAUUACAAGACAAAAUGUUAGGGGCGGAGUCUAGAUUGGCUGACUGCCUGCUUGCCCUGGAGGCACGUGUGGAGAAGUUUGACAUCCAGCAGAACCAGGCUGACCGCAGUCGGCAUGAUCAGCUGAAACGCUCAGAAGACAAACUUAGCAGAAGAAUAACCUUAGUGGAGAACAACCUUCAUCAGGAGCUGCAGCUGCUCAAACAGCAGUACCACAAAGGGUUCCAGUCUGUGCAUGAUGCAAUUGAAUCACUGAGUCAGAUAUGUGACAUCAAAUCUCGCCUUGACAAGGAGAAGCUUGAGAAGGAUAUCAGCCACAUCCGCAGCAAGGUGACGGAGCUCAAGUACUAG